UUAUUGCUCCCCGAUAUAGCCUGGAUCCGAGAUUAUUCCUUCCCCUGUCGCCUCGAUCGAAGCCGACGAGCUCAGCCGGCGCCGGAGCAGGGACGGGGACGCCCGUCGCAGGCCGCCUCGCCGCCCGAGUCGCCGCCGUCCGGGGCCCUUCUCGCCUGGAGGCAAAGAUGGAGCCUGGAAGGAAACCUCUGAGUCUGCUGGACCUAUGCAUCCGGAGCGCCGUCGACAACCUCAGGACCCUCAACAGCGUCGACAUCGUGCCUGACGAGCUGCUCAAGAGAAUCCUGCCCCACUGCACCUUGGAGCAGCUGAGGCACAUCGAGAGUUGCACACAUGCGGACCUUACCGACGUUACAGAUGUGCUGUGGAAGAGAUUCUUCCAGCGCGAGUUCGGUGAGGAAAAUAUGAACCUUGCCAUCAAGAGAAUGAAGGAGAACAGGGUGCGUUACAAAUGGAAGAAACUCUUUGAGGCAAGAACAGAAAAGCAAAAGCAAGUUGAAGCAAGAAUGUCGGCUGGGCUGAAAAACAAAUAUCAAGCAGCAAACGCUGCGAAACAGAGCAAACAAAUUAAAGUUUGUACGAAGAUCCCACCGAACAGCAAAAGAAGUUUUUGGGGAGGAAGUGGAUCCAGCAGCCUAGCCAACUCCAGCUACAAGAGCCCUAUAUUGAAAAAGGCAAGGAUGGAGGUUGACAGUCGGGCGAAAAUGCAAGCUGCUAUCCAAAGGAACACUGUUGCAAGGUCAUCACAGCCAGCAAGGCUGACCUUUCCUAGCGAACAGACAUCGAGGACGACGACAAUUCAUCGACCUAAUUCAACGAUAACCAUCACCAAACCAGUUGGUCCGAACAGGCCCAUUCAAAAGCAGAACACCAGACCCAAAUUUUAGAGGCCACUGCCAUGACAUCAUGCUUGUGACCGUGGAGUUCGCCAUGAUUGCGCGGAAAUCGUAGUUCCUGUGGACAUUCAACAAGUCUUUGUGAGACAGGGAAGAGUCUUGUUUGUAGUUGCCCCAGCUGAGCACUUGUAUCUUUAGGGGAGCAAACAAUAUCUGCACCAAACAUUUUUUCAAAAUUAGAUUCAAUCAAAUCAUUGAAAUGCAUGAGCUUCGAAAAAUUGUGAUUC